UCCUCCUCCUCCUCCUCCCCCUCGCUCAUCUGCCCUCCCUCGGCCGGCUGGCCCUCUCGACGACGGCGCCCCCCUUUUCCCCUCCCUCUUCCCUUCGUCUCGCGCACCUUCACAAGCUGAGUGGAUCCCCUCCCCUCUGGCUGGCUGCUCCGCGUUCCCCUCCCUCUCGCCAAAGAUGAACCACCUGUUCAAUGAUCCGAUCGGCAUCUCCUCCCUGAGACAGGAAUGCUUCCAUGCCAUUGUCAAGCCCCUGUCGGAGCUCUCCGGCAAGAAGCUCCUCGUGCUGGACAAGUACCUGAUGAAUGCCAUCAACCUGCUGGUUCCCUUCCGGAAGCUCGUCGAGCUGCAUGUGACCAACUGCUACAUGCUAGACGCCUCGACCGCCUCGUUGGAUAUGGCCAUGCAGCGUCUGGCCAAUGACGAGCUUAACAUUCUCUUCCUCUGCCGGCCGGACCUGGGCAUGGUCAAGCACAUUGUUGACUAUAUCCGUGCCGAUCAGCAGGCCGUGCAGGACGCCUCGGCGCGGCUCAGCCCGACCGUCGCCUCGGCGCUGAUGAACCGCAGCUACACCGUCUUUUUCCUCCCUCGGGUGGAGAGCCUCUGCCAGAAGAUGCUCCUCACCGAGCUGUCUCCUCCUCCCAUGAUCCGCAACAUCGACAUUCCGAUGUUCCCCUUCGACGUGGAUCUCCUCAGCAUGCAUAUGCCCGGGUCCUUCCGCGAUAUGGCCCUGCAUACCGCUCAUGAGGUGGUUCACAGCACGGCCAUGGCCCUCCUCCGUUUGAAGACCUUCUACGGUCCGAUUCCGCGCAUUAUGGGUGUCGGGCCGCGUGCCCUCGAGUGCGCCAGCCUGGUUCGGCGGAUUGCCACCGACUCCGAUCUGCUUGCCUCCUCCUCCGGCCUGGCCGGUGCCGGGAAGAUCGACUGUGCCAUCAUCAUCGAUCGCAUGGUGGACCCCAUCUCGCCCCUGGUGCAGACUCUCACCUUUGAGGGGCUGAUUGACCACUUUUUCGGGAUUGACGCCAGUCUCCUCCCUUUGAAGCCGGCGGUGUCCGACCAGAAGCUCGCGAUGCUGGACAGCUCGGACACGCUCUACUCCUCGAUCCGGGACCUUAAUCUGGCGGCCGUCGGGCCGGCCCUCCACCGGAGCGCCACGCGCAUCGACCAGCAGUACGAUCGCCGGCAUGCGGCCAAGACCAUCUCCCAGAUCCGGGAAUUCGUCUCGGACCUGGGCGGCCUGCAAAAGGAACACCAGUCUCUCGGUGUCUACACCAAUCUGGCCGAGCACCUGAUGGCGGCCACACGCGACUCGGACUUCCUUCGUGCUCUGCAAACGGAGCAGGGCCUUCUCAGCCAGUCCGAGGACCUGGAGCAAACGCUUGAGCUACUGGAGGAGCUGAUCUUCCGGCAGUCCGACGCCCUGCCCCUGAACCGGACCAACCCUCUGAGUGGGGCCGGAUCGCACGCGUCCAAGCUGGGCCCCAUGUCCGGGACCAGCAUCGCCGCCACCACCGGCAUUGGCUCGAAGGUGGUGCCGGCGGAGCGCGUGCUCCGGCUGAUGAGUCUCCUGUCGCUGACACAGGGCGGCCUCAAGCCGAAGGUGUACAAGACCCUGCGGGCGCACCUGGUCGGGUCGUAUGGCUACGAAAUCAUCUACACCCUGCUGAACUUCGAACGCGCCGGGCUGAUCUUCUGCCAGGGAGUGACGAUGCCGGCACUGCCGUAUGGCCCCGGCCCGGCGGCCGGGGCCGGGCCCUCCCUGGGGCCUGGGUCCUUCCUUUCCGGGGCCGGGGCCGGGGCUUCCGCCGGGCCCGGGCUCAGCACCCCCAGCGCGUACCCCGGGCUGCGGAAGCACUUCCAUCUGUUCGACGAGGACGUCAAGGAGACCGCCCCGGAGGACAUCUCCUACGUUCACUCCGGGUAUGCCCCGCUGUCGGUGCGCCUGGUGGAGCGGAUGCUGGCCGCGGCGUAUGGGUCGGAGCGCGGGUCGACCGCCUCCACGGCGGCCGGCAUGCUGUCCGCCUCGCUGGGGUCCACUUUCGGGGCCGGGCUAAACCUGAACCUGGGGCUCGGGGCCGCGGUGUCGGCCGUGUCAACCGGCGGGGCCGGGGCCGGGGCCGGUCCGGGCGCCGGGACCCCGGUCGACCCGGAGGCGGCCAUCGCCGAUCGGCCGGCCUGGCGCGCCAUCGACGAGGCCCUCCGCGCGGCCGGCCUGCCCGGGCCGCUGUUCGACAUGUCGCUCGAUGCGGCGGUGGUCACGGGCACCACCGGCGGGCCGGGCCUGCCGCCCGGCGCCGAGCCGGCCCAGCCGAAGACCGUGCUGGUGGUCUACCUCGGCGGGUGCACCUGGUCCGAGGUGGCGGCCCUGCGCUUCCUGACGGGGUACUCCUCGGUGGCCAUGCAGAACCCGGCCGGUCGCGCCGGGUCGUCGGUGUCCCCGACGCGCGACUACAUCACCCUGACGACGCAGCUGCUGGCCGGCCGGGACGUGACGUCGCUGCUGUCGGAGUCGCUGGCGCCUCGGGUCGAGUGAGGAGAGACCGGCCGGCUCGGCCGGCACGCGGGCGAGGGGCCCUCCUGUUCUGCAAACACCCACACCAUCAUUCGCCUCGCCUGUGUGCUGCCUCCCAGCUUUCCCGGGGGGGUCCCGCCCGCCCCCUCCCCUGUGCUGGGUGCAUCCUGCUUCGUCCUGUCCCCGAGAGGGGGCGCAGGUCCAGGCGAGGGCCCAAAAUACACAUCAACAUCCACCUCCCA